CUGCCUGGUGCUGGGUGCACUCUGUGACGACUUAGACAGACACACAGACUCUGUCAUCCCAAGACUUAAGUCAUGCUGCAACUUUAGGAAAUAUAUUCUGCUGAAUAGACAUAUUUGUGCAGUUCCUAUUUCUUCAUAAAGUGUGUAAAAAGAGCACAGAAAAAUGUUUCCUAUAUUUUGGAUCCUCCUCCUUCUCCCUCUGGUCUCCGCGCAGACAUACCAUUGGGGUCCAUGCCCCACCCCCAGUGUCCAGCCCAACUUUAACCUGCAGCAGUACCUGGGCACGUGGUAUGAGAUAGCGAAACUUCCAGCAUCCUUUGAGAGAGGGAAAUGCAUCCAGGCCGAUUACACUCUGAGGGGAGACGGCACCAUCAGAGUCCUCAACUCCCAGUUCUAUAAAGGUAAGGUGCGGACUGUGGAGGGGACAGCAGUGGUCCAGGACCCAAGAAAACCAGCCAAACUGGGAGUCAGCUUCUCCUACUUCACUCCCUAUAGUCCGUACUGGGUGCUGAGUACUGACUAUGUGAGUGGAGCGGUGGUGUACAGCUGUACUGACGUGUUGAGGAUUUUCCAUGUCGACUACGCCUGGAUCCUGGGACGUUCCCGCUUCUUGCCUGCAGAGGAAGUAGAGUACGCCAGGCAGCUGCUGGCUAAAGAAAACAUUGACACCUUCAAGAUGAGUGUUACUGAUCAAACGGGCUGCGACUAGAUGGAGGUUUAGAGGUCAGCGGUUAGGGUUGUAGGGUUAAAGGGUUAUUUAUGUGUCCACUUCCCUAGUCCUAACGCCGUAGACACUUCUCCCCUACUCCCAAUGCUCUAUCCACAUGUCAUUUAGCCCUACCUCUAUAGUUACAGACAGAAAUACAACUAUCAAAUACUAGACCUAGUAUCCACCUCUCGUGUUUAAUUAAUCAAUAAUUAAUAAUCAAUAAACGAGGGGGUGUGGUAUAUUGCACGACACAUCCGGAGUGCCUGGACAGAGCCCUUAGCCGUGGUAUAUUGGCCAUAUACCACAAACCCCAGAGGUGCCUUAUUGCUAUUAUAAACUGGUUACCAACGUAUUUAGAGCAGUAAAAAUAAUAAUACCCAUGGUAUACACAAUUAUAAUAGAUUAUAUGGAGGAGGUUUAGAGGUCAGCGGUUAGGGUUGUAGGGUUAUUUAUGUGUCCACUUCCCUAGUCCUAAUGCCGUAGACACUUCUCCCCUACUCCCAAUGCUCUAUCCACAUGUCAUUUAGCCCUACCUCUAUAGUUACAGACAGAAAUACAACUAUCAAAUACUAGACCUAGUAUCCACCUCUCGUGUCUAAUUAAUCAAUAAUGCACGAGGGGGUGUGGUAUAUUGCACGACGCAUCUGGAGUGCCUGGACAGAGCCCUUAGCCGUGGUAUAUUGGCCAUAUACCACAAACCCCAGAGGUGCCUUAUUGCUAUUAUAAACUGGUUACCAACAUAAUUAGAGCAGUAAAAAUAAAUGUUUUGUCAUACCCGUGGUAUACGGUCUGAUAUACCACGGCUGUUAGCCAAUCAGCAUUCAGGGCUCAAACCACCCAGUUUAUAAUAGUUUAUAUACACUGACAGUUGGUCUUAUAAUCUUACCAUCCAACAUAUCACUACCUACCAUCUCAUUUAGACUAUACGUAUUAUAUAUUUGAAACGUUAUGGUCUGUAGUUGGAGAUCUGUUAGUUUAUAAGGUAGUUUGAUUGAUUAAAUGUCCAGCUAUGUAACGAUGGUGACGGUUUCUUCAUGGGAUGAAUAGAAUGCUGACAGUAUGAGUCAAUUCUCUGGCUUCAAAUUGAAGCCAUGGGGUUUCUGUAUAUUGGGAAUUAAAGUUUUGUUUUGAAGUCAAACUGUUGACUGUCUUUUCUCCUGCAAGAGUGGUUAGAUUGCGAUUGGGACAAGUGAUGACAAGCUG